AUGCUGUCCAAAUCUCUUAUUGCGGCGUCGCUGUGGGUGGUAGGGCUGCACCCGACCAUUGUGGUUGCCCAGGAUCCCGAGGGUUGGUACAAGUCUCAUCCAGGCAUGUCCCGUAUCAGCCAGGUGAACCAAGACACACACCAGAUCAUUGAUGAGUUUGGGCGAACGCGGUUCUUCCACGGAACCAAUGUUGUGAUGAAGCAGCCACCAUGGUAUCGGCCACUGGAGUGGGUGCCAGGCGUAUCAUCGUUUGGCCAGCAAGACGUCAAAGUCUUGCAAGACUUGGGCCUGAACGUUGUGCGGCUGGGACACAGCUGGGCCGGCGCGGAACCCGAACGUGGCCAGUACAACCAAACGUUUCUGGAUAUCAUGAAACAGCAGACGAAGCUGGCGGAGGACCAUGGACUUUACGUUCUGGUCGAUGUACAUCAGGACUGCUUGUCGCGACAGUUUUGCGGCCAUGGCACACCCGAUUGGUUUGCCAAGAGUGACUGGGUAUCAAAGGGCAAGAUGUAUCCGUUUCCCCUCAAACUGACACCGUUCCCCGUGGAUAAAAAUGGCUUCCCAACGCCCCAGUCGCUGUGCGACACAGUCGACUGGUCUUUGAGUUACACGUCGGUGGCGCUGGGCAACGCGUUUGGGAGGCUGUACAACAACUACGACGGCCUGGGGGACGCAUUUGCGGCCUACUGGAAAAAGCUCGCGUCGGAGUACAGCACAACGGCCAACGUCGUCGGGUACAAUCUGCUCAACGAGCCCUGGGUCGGCGAUACGUGGGCUGAUCCGACACUCCUUGUGCCAGGCGUUGCCGACCACAAAGCCAUGGAAGGGCUUUGGAACCGCGCGGCGACGCAGAUUCGCAGCGUGGAUAACGACACACUCAUCUGGUUUGAAGGCGCUACCCUGGAUGUCCUGUCGGGCUUCAACAAUGUCCCGCUCGGGGACGGCUCGAAGUCGGUGCACUCGUUUCACUACUACAAUCCUCCACAAUUGGGGUCCAUCUCCACCACGCUGGAUAAUCGCCGUAAAGACAACGAACGUCUCAAGACCGCGGGCGUGCUCACCGAGCUCACAUUCUGGAUGGGCGAUGAUAAACAAAUGCAGGGCCUGGCUGACGCCAUGUCGGCAACCGACGAAAAGAUGUUUUCCUGGAUCGGCUGGGCGUACGAGAACCUGUACAACGGCACAUCAGGGCAGCCCUACCCUGAGCUGGCGACGCACUACAGCCGUGCCUACCCCGCCGCCGUUGCUGGAACCCCCACAAGCUUCAGCUUCUCCGAAAGCUCGGGCACUUUGAAACUGCAAUUUACGAUCGACACAAACAACAAGGCGCCGACCGAGAUCAUCUUGCCCCAGUCUCAGUUUCCGAACGGCUACAGUGUCCAGAUCUCGCCCAGCGGCAGCUUGGUGCAGUACUCGCGGGACAAACGUACUCUGGCCCUGUUUACAUCAAGCAGCAUCAAGAGCGCCACCGAUGUCUCUGUCACCGUCACCCGUAAAUAG